UAGCGUUGAACUUUAAAAAUCUCGCGCUACUUUCUACAGACAGCGGUUUGGAGAUUUCAGCCAUACACUAAGACAGUAAAUUCGCCAGUCGUAGCAAAAGUGAUCAGUCAAGGCCAAAUUUAGCACACAGAAGAAGUGUUCUCUGUAGGAGAUGGGCGGAGAGAAGAAUGUUGGCCAAGCCAAAGGAGGGAAGGCCAAAGCGAAGACACCCAGACAGAGGCUGAGUGAUGAGGAAGGAGGCUCGGGUGGAGACGCACCUAGGAAAAGUACAAAGCCCAAUAAGGAAAGAACUAAAGCCACAGCAAAGUCUCAGCGGGUGGAAAAAGUAAAAGUUCAGAAAAAGGUCAAGGCUUUCAAAACGGAGAGCGUGGAGAGCUUUGAUGAUGAUGUGAGGUUUAAUUUGGCUGUAAAAGAGGAGCCUGAAGAUGGAGACUUUGUGCCAGAAAAGAGGGGGAAAAAGAGGAAAAGACCAGAGGAUAAACCCAUGGAAGGUCCCUCGUGUUCCAGUGCAACCCCAACGAAAUUGAAAGAGAAGGACGGGGCUGACCCGAGGACAGAGAAUAACACAAAGGAGGGGAUAAAGAAAGAGAAGAAGCCAAAGAAAGAGGAGGCGGAGCAUCCAGUCACUACAAAGAAGAAGUCAAAGGAAGAGAUUGAGGCAGCAAAAGCGUUGAAGAUCAAAAAAAGAGAAGAAGAGCAGCAGCGCUGGAGAUGGUGGGAAGAGGACAAGUAUGAGGAUGGUGUAAAAUGGAAGUUUCUGGAGCACAGGGGUCCCUUUUUCCCACCGGAGUACCAGCAUCUCCCAGACAACGUUAACUUCUACUACAAUGGUAAAGUUGUGAAGCUGGGCCUUGCUGCAGAGGAGGUGGCCCUGUUCUUUGCUCAGAUGCUUGACCAUGAAUACACCACAAAAGAUGUGUUCCGAAACAACUUCUUCAAGGACUGGAGGAAGGAGAUGACCCUGGAGGAGAGGGUGCUAAUUAGUGACCUGAAUAAGUGUGACUUUCGGGAGCUCCACGCCAUGCACAAGGAGAAGGUGGAGGCUAGGAAGGCCAUGAGCAAAGAGGAGAAACUGGUGAUGAAAGAGGCCAAUCAGAAGAUAGUGGAGGAGUAUGGCUUCUGUAUACUGGACCACCACCGGGAACGCAUUGGCAACUUUAAGAUUGAGCCGCCAGGUCUCUUCCGAGGACGGGGGGAGCACCCCAAACAAGGCAUGCUUAAGAAGAGGAUCCAGCCGGAGGACGUCAUCAUCAACUGUGAAAAAAAGUCUUGUAUCCCAGAGCCCCCUGCUGGUCACCACUGGAAGGAGGUUCGCCAUGACAACACAGUGACCUGGCUGGCCAGCUGGACUGAGAAUGUUCAGGGCUCCUGCAAGUAUGUCAUGCUCAACCCCAGCUCCAAACUCAAGGGUGAGAAGGACUGGGAGAAGUAUGAGGUGGCCCGCCGGUUGAAAAGGUGUGUGAAUGGGAUCCGCCAGCAGUACCAGCAGGACAUCAAGUCCAAACAGAUGGAGACCCGCCAGAGAGCUGUGGCCCUUUACUUCAUAGAUAAGCUGGCCCUGAGAGCGGGUAACGAGAAGGAGGAGGGCGAGACGGCGGACACGGUGGGCUGCUGCUCCCUGAGGGUGGAGCACAUCACCCUCCACGACCUGCUGGAGGACAAGGAGUGUGUGGUGGAAUUUGACUUCCUGGGUAAAGACUGUAUCCGCUACUACAACAAGGUCCCCGUCACCAAGAGGGUGUUCAAGAACCUCACGCUCUUCAUGAAGAACAAGGAGCCUGGAGACGACCUGUUUGAUCGCCUCAGCACGUGCUUGUUGAAUAAGCACCUGUCAUCCCUGCUGCCUGGUCUGACUGCUAAGGUAUUCAGGACUUUCAACGCCUCCAUCACCCUGCAGGAGCAGCUCCAACAGCUGUCCAACAUGACCGACAACCCGGCAGAGAAGCUGCUCUCCUACAACAGGGCCAACCGAGCUGUUGCAGUUCUGUGUAACCACCAGCGGGUGCCGCCAAAGACCUUUGAUCAGUCUAUGGCCAACCUCCAGUCCAAGAUUGAUGGCAGGAGGGAGCAGUUGGCCCUGGCCAAGAGUGAGCUGAAGCUGGCCAAGAAGGAGGUCAAAGCUCAUAGUUCAGACGGCAAGCUGCAGGCGGUGGUGGAGCGUAAGAAGAAGGCUGUGCAGCGCUGUGAGGAGCAGCUUAUGAAGAUGGAGGUUCAGGCCACAAACCGAGAGGAGAACAAGCAGAUCGCACUGGGCACCUCCAAACUCAACUACCUGGACCCACGCAUUAGCGUGGCCUGGUGUAAGAACAUGGAGGUGCCCCUGGACAAAAUUUAUAAUAAAUCUCAGAGGGAUAAGUUUGCCUGGGCUGUUGACAUGACCGGGGCAGAUUUUAUAUUCUAAGUCAGCCUCUACCCUUUAGUUCUACCUAAAUGUAAAGACUAGGAGGCAGGUUUUAUAUUCUAAGUCAGCCUCUACCCUUUAGUUCUACCUAAAUGUAAAGACUAGGAGGCAGGUUUUAUAUUCUAAGUCAGUCUCUACCCUUUAGUUCUACCUAAAUGUAAAGACUAGGAGGCAGGUUUUAUAUUCUAAGUCAGCCUCUACCCUUUAGUUCUACCUAAAUGUAAAGACUAGGGGGCAGAUUUUAUAUUCUAAGUCAGCCUCUACCCUUUAGUUCUACCUAAAUGUAAAGACUAGGAGGCAGGUUUUAUCCUCUGGUUUUAACUGCCCAUGUGUUGAACUACAGAAUCCUUGAGUUUUUCACUCCACUUCACAGCAAGUCUUUUCCAAGUUUAAUUGUUGUAUUGCUGUUGGCACUUUUUUUUUAAAGUUGACUAUUGUUAAUGGUAAACCAAGAUGAUCUUAUAUGGAUAACAUUUCCUUUUAUAAACAUUUAAUAAAGUUUCUUAAGA